AUCCACUGCAUCUCUUCAGGAUAAUGGACACAUGUAAGCACCUCCGGUCGUAUGCUCUCAAAAUCGUGGAUUCAAACAAUAACACUGACUCAUCCACUCUCCUGAUGUUGGAGAACAUGGAGGCUCUAGCUUUGUCCAUUGUACAGCGGUGGUUUGCAGGCCUAGCAGAGGACCAUCUAAAGAAGUAUUUCAAGGGAGAGGACGUACACAUAUACGACUUGAGGGACAUGAUUAGAAACAUGCUUGCACCUUUACCACAAAGAGAGCAGGGAGAGGAGACACACAAGCACAUUGUACAUGCAGCAUACCAGAGUGUUACCAGAGCGUACCUGCAUCGUCUAAUGAAGAGAAAGCGCAAACAGCUGGAAAGGAUACGGGGUGAUCUAGAGGCGAUGAUGAUGAGAGAUGCUGGACUUUUCCAUUUCACCUUCACAGAACUGCAGAGCAUCACUGAUGAUAAGCAGAAAAGGUUUCUGCAGAAGAUGGGUGAGAUUUUGGGGUGCAAUGAUGUAAAUUCUCUCAAGCUCAUCUGUGCAGCGCUGUACAGAGACUUCCCUAAUGAGAGUGAGGAGCACCUGCCUGCCCUACUGAAGUGGAAGAGGGGACUGUCAAGGGGACAGAUUGAGGAAAUACUGAAUGUGAGUCAGGAAGCCUGUCUAAAUGGAGGACACAUCCAGCCCCGUCGUCUGCAUUACUGGAGAUGUUGUCUUUGCUGCACAUGAACACUGCAAGCUUGAUAGCGACAGAUGGACAGUAAUCCGGUCCAUUUUAGACCAAAGACGUGUGUAUAAUCUCGACUUUCUUGCCUAAAGACCACUUAACUGAGGCAUGAUGUACAUGUUUCCAGCCUAGGGCCUUUGAGAACCUGAUCCUUGCACAAGGUGGCAUCAUUACAGUGGAUGGCUGUAUGAUGGCUGUAGAUGGUCAGUCUCUCUCUCUCUCUCUCUCUCUCUCUCUCUCGAAUGACAAGGAAAACUAACACAAAAGUCAUCAGACUGCGUUG